GAAAUGAAGAUGAUAAACCAGAUGGUCAAUAUCCGUUAGAUAAGAACACCCCUCAAUCACUCUAUCUCCCAUGGCAGAUGAAACACUCUGAAUCUUAAACACAUUAAACUUUGGGUGAAAUCGAUUCAUCUCCCAAAUGGGUUUUGCUUCUUUCAACAGCGGGUGCGGUUGUUGCAGCGUCGGGUGGAAAUCUUCAAGUUUUCUAGGGUUUAAUUCAAGCAGCCCUAAUGGGGUCGCACCCACCAGCAGGUUUAAGCGAGUCAGAGUAGUUCGUCCCUCUGCAUCUGCAUCUGAUUCUUCUUCGGAACCACUUCUGGUGAGGGCGGCAAGAGGACUUCCGGUUAACCGACCGCCAGCAUGGAUGAUGCGACAGGCGGGGAGGUACAUGGCAAUUUACAGAAAACUUGCAGAGAAACAUCCAUCUUUUAGAGAGAGAUCAGAGACGACCGAUCUCAUUGUGGAAAUCUCAUUGCAGCCAUGGGAAGCUUUCCAUCCUGAUGGAGUUAUUAUAUUUUCCGACAUUCUUACCCCUUUACCCGCGUUCGGUGUUCCUUUUGACAUAGAAGAAGUGCGGGGCCCGGUUAUUCAAACUCCAAUUCGUUCUGAAGAAGGGUUGAAAGUAUUACAUCCGAUUGAUUUGGAUAAACUUAACUUUGUUGGCGAUUCCCUCAAGAUUCUUCGACAAGAGGUUGAUGGGAAAGCUGCGGUUUUGGGUUUUGUGGGUGCUCCGUGGACAAUCGCGACAUACAUCGUAGAAGGUGGCACUACCCGUACAUAUACAAAUAUAAAAAGCAUGUGCCAUACGGCCCCACACGUAUUACGGGCUCUUCUCUCACAUUUAACCGAAGCAAUAGCCGAAUAUGUUGUUUACCAAGUGAAAGCGGGUGCUCAUUGCGUACAAAUAUUCGAUUCUUGGGGUGGACAGUUGCCUCCACACAUGUGGGAGCUUUGGUCAAAGCCGUAUAUCAAUGAGAUUGUGGGUAUUGUAAAGAAGAAAUGCCCCGAUAUCCCGCUUGUACUUUACAUCAACGGGAAUGGUGGGUUGCUUGAAAAGAUGAAGGGAACAGGAGUUGAUGUGAUUGGACUGGAUUGGACGGUUGAUAUGGCUGAUGGAAGACGGAGGCUCGGUGAUGACAUCAGCAUACAAGGAAAUGUGGAUCCCGCUUAUUUGUUUUCGCCUCUUUCCGCCUUGACAGAUGAAAUCCACAGGGUUGUGAAGUGUGCUGGACCGAGGGGUCAUAUUCUGAACCUGGGCCAUGGUGUUCUUGUUGGAACUCCGGAGGAUGCUGUUGCGCGGUUCUUUGAUGUUGCUAGAAGCUUCAACUUUGAUUCUGUUGAGGAGAAAUCGAAAGUUGUCGUUUGAAUGCAGAGUGCGUUUUCUUGUAGGAAAAGCGUUGUUUCUCGGUUUUUGGUUGAGUUAGGUGUUUAUUUCAGGUUUUUGCAUUGCAGGCAUGAUAUCUUGAUCUACUUGUGUACUUCUAAAAGGAAGAAACAGAAAGUUGUAGUCUUUAUUUAUAAUUUAAUCAUGUAAUGGUGACAAAUAUAUUGAGCAUUUGUUAAUUAUUUGAAAUGAGCGAUGCUAAAUGUGUAUUAUUAAACUUAUGAUUUAAAUGAGAGCUGCAACUUUGACAUAAA